UAAUAUAUACAUUAACCAAGAUAGGUAAAAGACAUCAAAUCAGAUCAAUGUACACUUAACUUUUUGAUCAAUUGACUGAAAAAUCCAAAAAUAUAAGAUGGAAAACUUUACGAUCAGAAACGAUGGGCCUAAUAGGAAAGAUCGAGCCCAAGCAAUUAGACCUCUUAAUUAAAAAUUAGUGAAACACUUCUUCUUACACUCCUUGGGCAUCAAACAAAAUUGCAAGCGGAGGGGCAAUUACGUAAUAUCAGCAAACACAAUCACCCCUUUUUAAACUGCGCCCUCUCAGACCUUGAACCCCCACCAUUCCUCAACACGCGCCGGCGGGUUGACGAAAAAACCGAGCCGUAAAACGCCGCCGUUUUCCCAUAUCCAAUUCAAGCCUCUUCUUCGAUCUUGAUCUGAAUUUGAAAGAGAGGAGCGAAAGAAAAUGGCUUCCGAGUUGAUAUUCCGCGGGCACGAGUCGCAGCCGAUGAGCGACGCCUACUCGCCGAAGCCGCCGAAGCCGUGGCUCAGCGUGGCCCGGCCGAUUCACUACUUACUCCGCGAGCAGCGGCUGGUCUUCGUGUUGGUCGGCAUUGCCAUCGCCACGCUCUUCUUCACCAUGGUCCCGGCCGGCUCCAAGCCCCCGGCGUCCACGGCCGAUUCCUACUUCCCGUCCGAGUUGACUGAGUCACGGCCGCAGCCGCGAUCCAUGUACCAGAACGGGCACCUGGCGACCGGGUUCGGCAUCAACUCGGUGGGCAAAAUCCCGCUGGGGCUGAAGCGGAAGGGGCUGCGCAUCGUGGUGACGGGCGGCGCCGGCUUCGUGGGCAGCCAUCUGGUGGAUCGGCUGAUCGCGAGGGGAGACAGUGUGAUUGUAGUGGAUAAUUUCUUUACCGGGAGGAAGGAGAACCUCGUGCACCACUUCAGGAAUCCGAGGUUCGAGCUCAUUCGACACGACGUCGUCGAGCCGCUCCUCUUGGAAGUCGACCAGAUCUACCAUCUCGCCUGCCCCGCCUCGCCCGUUCAUUACAAGCACAACCCCGUUAAGACAAUCAAGACGAAUGUGGUCGGGACGUUGAACAUGCUGGGACUGGCCAAGAGAGUCGGUGCGCGGUUUUUGCUAACGAGCACCAGUGAGGUGUACGGUGAUCCGUUGCAGCACCCACAAGUCGAGACCUACUGGGGCAACGUCAAUCCAAUCGGUGUGCGAAGCUGCUACGACGAGGGGAAGAGGACUGCUGAAACGUUGACAAUGGAUUAUCACAGAGGUGCUGGCGUUGAGGUUAGGAUUGCGAGGAUCUUCAACACUUACGGUCCUCGUAUGUGCAUCGAUGAUGGUCGCGUCGUCAGCAACUUCGUUGCUCAGGCUUUGAGGAAGGAGCCUUUGACUGUUUACGGUGAUGGCAAGCAGACAAGAAGCUUUCAGUUUGUUUCUGAUCUGGUCGAGGGAUUGAUGCGCUUGAUGGAAGGAGAGCACGUCGGACCUUUCAAUCUUGGUAACCCGGGCGAGUUUACCAUGCUCGAGCUUGCUCAGGUAUGUCGAUGGAUCGUGUUCUACGUUAGUGUGGUGUAUAGUGAGCACGCAUUCAUUUCAUUUCAUUCGUUGUCGUAUUAUUUGAUGAAGGUGGUACAAGAGACGAUCGAUCCCAAUGCUAAGAUCGAAUUCAAGCCCAACACAGAAGAUGACCCGCACAAGAGGAAGCCCGAUAUCUCCAAGGCGAAGGAGCUGCUGGGUUGGGAGCCCAAGAUAGCUCUCCGUAAAGGUCUCCCGAUGAUGGUGUCCGACUUCAGGCAACGGAUCUUUGGCGAUCACAAGCAAGACGUUGCCACCUCGUCUUAGAGCUUACGAUCUAUGAGUUGCGACUGCGAGUAAACCUAGUCAGGGAGAGGAGAGUUGCUAACCUAGCAACGGAUGAGUAUUCUGCACAACAGAUUGUGAAAUCCUGGCUUAAUGAAUGGUAUGAUAGAAGCAAUGGAAGUGAGAUAUUGGCCCAUGAUUCUGCACCUUAGCUAGCUCCUAGAGGAUAUUUUGUGUACUUUGCUAUUACGUUUCUUCCUUUUUUACCCUCAUUGUUUGCCAUUUUAAAUAGACGCGUUUACUUUCUACAUAAAAGUAUUAUUAUAAUUUUUGGAUAAA